AUGGCGGACCUCGUGCUGGGGUUGGCCAAGUCGGCGGUGAAGGAGACGGCGAAUCUAGCCAAGUCGGCUAUUGAGGACGAGAAGAAGCUGCGGAAGAGCGUUCAGCGUGAUCUGAUCCUGAUCUCGGACGAGUUCGAGAUGAUGCACUCUUUCCUCAACGUCUCAAAGGAGCAUGUAGCAGACGACGAUAUGGCGACGACUGCCGUGAAGCAGCUACUCAAGGCUAGGGUGGAAGCCAUGGGUCAGCGGAACCUGCGCUACAGCCGCAUCGGUGACGGCAAUUCUGGCUCUAAUAAGUCUGCCGAGCAAAAGCUGCAUCAGCCCGUCUACAACGCACUCCUCCCUCGCUCUGCCACAGCGAGGGAAGCCACGAAGGAGAGGAUCUGGCCAGUGGAACUUGUCAAUUUGAUCAGCCGGAACGAGAAAGGUGUUGGUGGCGUCCUUCAAGUCAUCUCAGUGUUGGGAACCGUAGGGAUGAUGUCCGUUGUCAAGAGGGCCUAUGACGAUCCAGAAACCCGCGGCAACUUCAGAUGCCGUGCUUGGGUGAAGCUGGUGCAUCCUUUCAAUCCCCUGGAUUUUAUCAGGGGCUUGGUGGCCCAAUUCUGCAGAAGCGGUAAUAGUAUCUCCCGAGAUGAAGAAAGCAGCAGCACUAUUGUAGUAGAUUCUGUUGUGGAGAUGACAACAGUGGCGACGCAAGGCGUGCUCAUCGAUGAAUUCAUGAAGCUAGUGAGCCACCACAAGUACCUAGUAGUCCUCCAAGGCGUGUCCACCAUGGAGGACUGGGAGACUGUAAGGGUCUACCUGCCAGACAACAACAACGGCAGCUGCAUCAUCGUGAACACACACCAGUUCGAAGUUGCAAGCCUGUGCGUUGGACCACCACACCGAGUAUUGGAGCUUGAAAAGCUCUCAGCUCAUCAUUCUGUCUAUGUCCUCGUCAAGGAGGAUAUGAUUGGACAAGUUGAGCAGCAAACCAUGGGCCCGGAUACCGCACAUGAUGAAUAUGCACUUUUGGGCCCUCAGGCUGAUUUUUGUUCUCGAUUGUCUAUGAGCGUGACAAGUACUGGUGUGCACUCUGUGUGGGAGAUGUCUGGUGUUGGCAAAUCAUUCCUUGUCAAACACUAUUACAUUGGCCAGGAGGCUAAAAUGAAAAAUACUACCAGUCUUGGUGUCAGGCGCGGUUCUCUUCUCACGUACGGUUGGGUGAAUGUGUCCCGCCCGUUCGAUUUAACGGACUUGUCGUGGAGACUUCUUUUGGAUCUGAAUCCUGGAUUUCUGCAAGACUGCCAGUUGUCAACGAUGAAAGAUCCAAUCGAAGAAUGCCGCCAGUAUCUAUAUGUCAAUGAUUGCUUUAUUGUUAUCGACGGUCUGCAGACUAGAAAAGAAUGGGACUUGAUAAAAGGUGCCUUGGGACUUGAAACCACUACACGCCACGUGAUCUUUGUCAUCACCAACGAAGAAAGUGUUGCCAAAUACUGUGCGACAGACAUUGAGUCAGUGUACAAUGUCAAAGGCCUAGGAGCCGAUCACGCCUUUCAACUCUUGAAGCAGACUCAUCGCCAUGACGAACAUACAUGGACUGAGGAAGAAGAACUGCAUAUGUUGCACAAGUUUGGUGGGCUUCCAAAAGUUAUAUGUGCUGUAGCUAUGCGCUACAAAAGUUUACUGUGGGAUAUACUCAGAAAAGAUAACCUUGUGUCUUUGUUGGAGGCCGACACAAGACUAGAGGAUCUGUUUUCCUGGUUGCUUGCCUACUUCCAUUCCUGCCCAGAUUUCCUCAAGCCCUGCAUCUUCUACCUGUCAAUCUUCCCUCUGAACCACGCCAUCCGGCGGAGGCGUUUGGUGAGGCGGUGGAUCGCCGAGGGAUACUCCAGAGAAACUAAAGAAUACACUGAAGAGGAGAGAGGGGAGAUGUACUUCUCUACGCUCACCGAUCUGAGCAUGAUCCAGGUUCCAGGAACAACAAGCACAACGUUACAAGAGGACAGCUCCAAGAAGAUUCCCUUGUGCCAAGCCAACGGCUUCCUCCGUGAGUACAUAAUCUCACGGUCCAUGGAAGAGAAUCUUGUGUUUGCACUGGACGGGCAUUGCCGCAGGAACCUGCGACGCACUGGACGGCACCUUGCCAUAGACAAGAGUUGGGACAGAGACAGGAAUGUGUUUGAGAGCGUCGACUUCUCGCUGCUGCGGUCUCUGACGGUGUUUGGUGAGUGGAAACCUUUCUUUGUCUCUGAGAAGAUGAAGCUGCUCCGUGUGCUGGAUCUAGAGGACGCGUCGUCAGGUGUAACAGAUGGUGACGUUGCGCAGAUGGUGAAGCUGCUGCCCCGCCUCAAGUUCCUCUCCCUGAGAAGGUGCAGACAGGUCACUAAUCUGCCGGAUUCCAUUGGAGAUCGCCUGAAGCAGCUACAGACUCUGGAUAUCAGGGAAACAUCUGUAACAAAGCUGCCAAAGAGCAUCAUCAAUCUGGACAAGCUGCAGUACAUUCGUGCUGGCACGGUCACUGGACAUCAUUAUCAAGCUACAGAAACAACAGAAGCAGCAGAGAACCUGCAAGCAUGUGGCGUGAAGGUGCCCCGAGGGAUUUGGAAGCUUUUCGACUUGCACACGCUUGGUGUUGUCGAUGUCGGAGCUACCGGAGGAGGGGAUGCCAUUGUAGAGGAGCUCAAGAAGCUUACCCAGUUGCACAAGCUCGGAGUUUGCUCCAUUAACCGGAACAAUAUCCGCAGUGGGCCCGCCUCUGAGCUCGACGAGGAUGACGAUGAAGAUGAAGCUGGCUGGUUAGAUGACAUCUCCUCGCUUCCAGUGAAGCUACGGAGCCUUAAGUUGUACGGGCUCGUACGUAAGAUUCCAGUAUGGACCAAAGAGCUUAAAGAACUCAGAAAGUUGAGUCUACAGAUGACAAUGUUACCGCAAGAGGGCAUCGAUGACCUCCCUUGCAGCUUAGACCACCUACAGAGCAUUCGCCUUUUUUUGUCAGAGUUACAUGAUGGUGAGCUCCAUUUCGGUAGUCGACAGAUUUUCUUGGGCCUCCUCGAUAUUUCUUUCAGCCCCAGGGUACAGGCUAAGAUAACGUUUCACGACAACUGUUAUCUUAAGGUGCUGAGGAUUCGCUGCUGCGGCGUAUCAUCACUGCAGUUCUCUGGCCUACAGAGUUUGAGAGCUCUAGAGGAAGUCUGGCUUAGGAGUCCGUAUAAUGACGGCCUCAAGCAACACUUGGAUCAGGAGCUUGACUGUCGUCCGGAAGCUGUGUUGAGGCCGGACAAACCAGGUUCGUGGAUCCCAUGGCUGCUGACCAGCUCGUGA